GUGACAACCAAUUGAACGUGAUAGGGGUCGAAAUGGACCCAGAAAUGGACAAGAACGAGUACCGAGCAGUCAUCAAGUUUUUGACUUUAGAGAAAAAGUACCCCCGAGAAAUCCAUGACCGCAUGUCACAAGUGUAUGGGUUUUGUGCCCCAGCUAUUUCUCACAACAUGUAAACAGUGAGUGUUCCAUACAAAUACUCGACAGAUUGAAAUAGAAUAGUCACAGUGUCACACCCUAAAGGGGUCAGUAGAGCAGACAGUAGACGUAGCUAAGGCAAAGAAGUGUCCUAUAAACACAUCCCACAACUCUCUCCAAACACAGGAGAGACUGCGUCAGUGUUGAAAUGAAAUGAACUAACAUUGAAGGCCUUUGUAUUUCGGUGAGACUGUAGAUGUCACGUGACGUCAACCAGGAAGCAAGACCGGGUAGUGUUGUCUCGAGGUGUUACACAUACAGACACAUCAUGGCAACUGAUGUUGACAAUUUGCAAAGUGGGAAGUCCUUCCCGGAAACCAACCUGCACAUGUUGGACAGUUUGUUGUUGGCUGAUGUGACCUUCCUCGUUGGAGAUCAAAGGGAGACAAUCCAGGCUCACAAAUUCAUUUUAGUCAGCCGAAGUUGCGUGUUUCGCACGAUGUUCUGUGGAUCGAUCCCCGAGACGGGCCAAGUAGUGAUUCCUUAUAUUCAGACAGACAACUUCAAGACCUUUCUAAGGUUUCUCUACACGGGGGAGGUCGCGUUAACUCCUAACACUGUCCUUGGUCUGAUGAACGCUGCUAGGAAAUACGACGUCCCAGGAUUGGAAACGCAAUGUGAGGAGUUCUGCUUACAAUCUCUGUCGCCUAGCAACGCAUGUGUAUUCCUACAACUAGCAGUCCUGUUUGAUAAAGAAGACCUCAAGGACAGAGCUCUUCUGGUAAUUAAAUCCAGAGCGGAGGUGACUAUUGCUAGCGAGGGAUUCUGUGAGCUAAGCAAGGAAUGUCUAAAGCUGAUCCUGAAGGCAGAUGACAUUAAAGUUGACGAGAUUUGCAUCUUCCGAUCUGCGAUGUCGUGGGCGGAAGCUGAAUGUCGACGUCAGGGAAGGGAGGUAACUCCAGAAGAGAAAAGAGAAGUGUUGGAAGAGUGUUUGUUUCUCAUUCGUUUUCCAUUUAUUUCAAUGGCGCAAUUUGCCACGACUGUAUGCAAUGAAGGUAUAUUAAGUGAUGCCCAUGUCAUAAUGUUCUUACGAAAAUACUCUAUCAGCCACCUGGAUAUACGGCCGUUCUGUAACAUAUCUCGGAAAUCUCCUGUCGUUUACUUGUCUCGCCUACCUCCUGACCAAAAGUACUACGAGACAAAGCGUUUUUCUCACAAUGUAUGUGAUGCGUUGUUUAUAUCCUGUGAUGCCAGUGUUCACCUGACCGGGCUGAGCGUGUAUUCUGGGAGCCAGGGAGGCAAGGUGCCUGUAAAGAUAGUUGUUACUGACACUGAUGACACAACCCUGCUGAAGCAUCACCAGGACGUGGAUGUGACAGGGGCACAACUCUCAGAUGUGGUGAUGUUUCCUUCACCUCUGACUGUUGACAAAGGAGAGAAGAUAAAAAUCAAAGUCAACAGGUUGCGCGAUUUAUUGAAUAAUUAUACAUGUAAAAUGAACAAUCAGCGAGUAAUGAGGCAUGAAGCAUCUGGUGUUGUGUGGACACUGGAGCACUGUGAGGAAAGUGAUUCUGACGACAGCCUAGCCUAUGGAUUGCUUACUGGGAUUUUCUAUAAAUUGUAGUGUGUUUACCUUUUACCCUGAUCCGUAUUAACAAAUUCAGAUGACCCAGGGACAACUCUCCUUCCAACUCCU